AUGGCUGAGCUCGCGGCGGGCGCGGUGACCUCGUUGCUCGGCGUCAUCCGCAACGAGUGGCGGCUGCUGGGCCGCGUCGGGGGCGACGUCCACUUCAUCCGGGAGGAGAUGGAGAGCAUGAACAGCUUCCUGAUGCACCUGGCCAGGACGGUGCCGCCCGGCGGCGAGCACGAUGAGCAGGUGCAGACGUGGAUGAACCAGGUCCGGGUGCUCGCCCACGACUGCAACAACUGCAUCGACCUCUACCUGUACCGCGGGAACCCCGACAUCCACCUGGGCAGGGACCCGCUCCGGCGCUGCCUCCGGUUGGUCCCGUGGUUCCUGCAGAAGAUGUUGGCGCAGCACCGAGCGGCUUUGGAGCUCAGCGUGCUCAAGGAGCGGGCGCGGGACGUCGGCAAGCGGCGGCUGAGGUACGGCGUGGAGGUCCCGAAGAAGGCGGCCGCUGCUCCAGGUCCUGUUCCUGGGGCGGUGCCGGCGGACGCAGCACAUCAAGGCAUGCGCAGCAGGGAAGGUUCUCUCGUCCGCGUCGACGACGGUGGAGAAGACGGCGGUCACGACCAACUGUGGACGACGACGGCGACUGAUGCCGCUUCUGGUCGAAUCAGAGGAGCCCUCUUUGGACUCUACGUUCGGGAGGACUACUUCAACGACCAGUUAGCCGAGUGGAUAGAGCAAGUUCGAGCACAGGCACAGUGGAGGGCACCUGACAGCCGAGGGCGUCAUGACACCCGAUGCGUCGCCUUUGUGGUGCCCAGCACGGAGUCUGGUACUAUUGCACGGCAAGCUUCGGCUGUGGCGAAGAAGCAUGUCAAGAACACCAUCUUGGUCGACAUCCCAUCACUGCACAUCUGGCGUAUGCUAGGGCCCAAGAAUAUCCUCUACUACAUCCUGAGGGAGAUCGAGCUCAAAGUUAAGCAGCGGGAGGCUGAUGCCAAAUCCCAAACCCAGCAGCAGCAGCAAGGCCAAGGGAUUGACCGGUGGCGCAUCCGCGGAGAAAAACAGGCAAGGAUUAGAGAAAUCAAGACAGAUAUUAAAAAAUUGAAAGUUAUCGAAAAGAUUGAAGAGAUCAAGACUCACAUUGAAAAAGUAAAGGGCGACAACAAGAAGCUGCAGCCGUACCUGACCAAACCAACAAAGAAGGAAGAUUACAUUACCAAAAACAAAAUCUUGAAGGAAGACCAUGCCUUAGCUGAACUCCUCGUCCUGCUGCUCAUGCCAUCGGCUGCCGCGGACCAAAUGGACAAGAAAAACAUGCUUACAUUGGCAGAACACCACGAUGUCAUAAUUGAGAAAGCAGCCAAGAAGCUCAAAGAGCAUAUGGAGCAAGUAAAUACAAAAGCCGCGGGACAAGGGAUUAUUCACAGUGUUGCCCAGUAUGAACACAUCCUGCAUGACGUGUUCCCAAGGAUGAGCAGCAGCACCAGCCAGCCCCAGGACGCCCAGGAGGAAGACACCAGACAAGCCACUACCGAAGCUACUACACCGGGCAAGAUUCAAAUCAGGGAAAUUGUCGACAAGGUUAAACAGGAAAUCCUGAGCGAGGUGUUCAUGGCGAUCGGUGACAAGGGCCAGGAAGCCACCAAGACUGAUACUACUACUACUACUAGUACUACUACACUGGAUGAGGCUCAAGUGAAAAAAAUGAUCCAGGAGGCAAUACAGCAGUUGAAGGAAGAAAAACCAGCUGACAAGAAACAAGAAACAGGUGUAUCGGGUGGUCAGGGUCCAACCACAGAAGCUCCUAAAAAAGAACCCAACAAGCCAGACACUGGUAGUAGUAAUCCAGUGAAUACAGGCCAGGAGAAAUCCACUGACAAGAAACAAGAAAAUGAUGAUGAAGCCACGAAGAAGACUGGAGAAAUCCUGGGUUCUACCAUUAAAGAAACCACAGAGAAGAUGAAAGAUAUCCAGAAGAAGAUCAAAAGGCAGCUGGAUAUCAAUGGAAUUGUGGCCAAGAUUAAAAAUCAUCUGAAACGUGAAGAGACCCUGAUCAUCCUUAAAGUAGAUGACAAAUAUGUGAGCCAGUGGGAGCAGACCAGAAGUGCUCUGAGCCUGUUGCCUUGCAUCUCCGUUGUGAUGAUUCUGACCAAAACAGAAACAAAUCUAAAGAGGGCCAAAGAAGAAUACUGUUAUCCAAAAGGGGAGCCCAUAGACUAUUCUUCUCUUGCUGCACUCUACCAUGGUAUUGUGCUGGAGAUUACAGGCCUGCAGAAGAGUGAAUACAACGACGAUGAAGCCCAGAUUUUGCGCACCAUCUUGGACAAGUGUGAGUCAAAUGAAUUGUGCAUGAAGAUCUUCGCUCAUGCUUUGUAUGCCAAGCCCAAGAGAAGCAAAGAAGAACUGCACAGGCUGCACAACAACCUGCAGGCGCUUCCGCAGAAAUCAUACCAUAGUAUUGCUAUGAAGAUGUUCAAGUUCUCCUGCAGGGAUAUGCCUAAAGAGUACCAGUCCUGCUUACUGUACCUAGCUAUCUUCCCUCGAGGACACAAGAUCAGACGGUCAACCGUGGUAGGGCGAUGGGUUGCAGAACGGAUGAUAACUACAGAAGAUUGGCGUUGGUCCAGUUCAGUGCAGAUCGCUGAGCAAUGUUUUGACGCUCUCGUCACCAGGGGGCUUGUUUGUUCUGCUGAGAUCAGUGCCACUGGAAAGGUCAAGAGCUGCAUGGUGGGUAAUCUAGCCUAUGACUUCAUUACCAAGAUGGCCAAGAAACAUCGCAUUGUGGAGCCACGCUUGUCACAUCACUUGGUUCGGUUCUUCUCCAUUUUCAGUGAUCUCCAUCUCCGCGUGUCCGACAAGAUCAACGAUUUCCUGGAAAGGUUAUCUGAAUCAUCUCAGUGGCCUCGGCUUAAGGUGCUUGAUCUAGAAGGCUGCAGAUGCUUCAAGAACAACCGGCGCUACCUAAGGAAUAUUUGCAACAAGAUAGUGCUACUCAAGUAUCUAAGCCUAAGGGGAACAGAUGUUAACUGGCUUCCCCGUGAAAUCAACAACCUUCGCGAGCUGGAGGUAUUGGAUAUCCAGCAGACAGAGGUGCCCGAGUCUUUCACGAGAGAUCUCCUGCUCCUGAAGCUGAAGCGUCUGCUGGCUGGAAACAAAAGUCCAAGUCCACACAGAACCGGCGGCGUAGGCAGCACAUCAUCCCACGACCAUGUCCUAGUUCCUGUAAAGAUCGAAAAAAUGUUAGACAUGGAGGUACUAUCCAAUGUCAAGGCAAAGAGUGAUCAAGAUUUCGAUGACAUCGGAAAGCUAUGGCAGCUGAGGAAGCUUGGUGUGGUUAUCAAUAUCAAGGACAAGCAUACUCACCUCAUGAAUUUGCUUAAAGCUAUCAGUAACCUGCAUGAGUGCCUCCAGUCUCUAUCAAUUACUCUUGACGCAACAGGUCACAAGGGGGCACCUAGCAGAGAUUCGAGAGACUCUCCCAUGGUUCUGCUUGACAACAAAAUCGAAGAGUAUCCCAAGGUUCUUGAGAGUCUCAGCAUCAGUGGAAACAUACACAUACUGCAGGACCGGUUUCUUCCAUCAGUGUUGACCGACAAAAACACUCCACUCAUCAAGCUAACUCUAAGUAACACCUUACUGAGACAGGACAACCUAGUGGCCCUCGCCAAUCUGCACAUGCUACGAUGCCUAAAGCUUCGGCACAAUACAUACACCCACAACAAACUCACAUUCAAGGAGGUUCAGUUCAAGAAACUUGACUACUUUCAUGUUGAGGGCUCCAACUGGAUUGAGAUCAGCUUUGAAGAAGAUACGGCAGCUCCAGAGCUCAAGAAGAUUGUUUUGUCCUUCGACAACAUAGAGUCUAUUGGUGGAGUGCAUCACCUUAAAAACUUAGAGGAGCUUGAGCUGAACAAAUAUAACAAGGGAAGCAGCAGCAACAGUGGAGGCAUCACUGACACCACUACCACAAACCCUGCCGAUACCUCUGUUGCCAAUCCCUCGACCCUUCCACUGAAUGCUAGUGCUGCCGCUGUCGUCCCCUCCACCGCAACAGGCACUGACCCCACCACCUCUGCCCCAGCUGGGGGCGCUGCCAAUCCCUCACCCCGUCCCCUGACCGCUUCCACUUCUGCUGUGGCCAACGACCAUGUCCCCUCCACCCCCACAGUCCGUAACCCUGCUCCCUCUCCCACUGCUAAUACCACUGCUGACGCUGUCAAUCCCUCACCCUCUACCCAAACCACCUCCGCUAACCAAGUGUUGAUUCCAAAAUUGCUUUCUGAUGCCAGACAAGUAUCCAAGGUGACCCUUUGUGGUACAAUGCUGAAGCAAGGCGGUCUACGAGCACUCGCAAGGAUGGAGAACAUACGCUGCUUGGUGCUCCUGCAUGAAUCAUACGGUGAAAGGCGGCUUGACUUAAACAAAGAUGAGUUCCCAAGACUCAACGUUCUUAUUGUGAGCUGCUCUACGGUCACGGAGAUCAGAUUCGAGAGCGGGUCUUCUCCUAAGCUCGAGAAGAUCGUGUGGACCUUCGCCAACAUGAACUCCUUCUCCGGCAUCGGGAACCUUACAAGACUGAAGGAACUUGAGCUCAUUGGGGACUCCCUACCCGACCGGGUGAAAGAAGACAUUGAUAAACAUAGAGAUACAAUUCGUUUCACACACUACAAACCGGAGAGUCAAGAUCAAACAGUAAGAGGCACAGAAAAAGGGGAUAGUGUUCCAAGUCGCGUGCACAUCUGGAAGGACAAGCAGGUUUGGUGCAGGAGGAGGAACUACUGAAGGUUCAUCAUCGAGUCCCUCCUAUGGUUUGUACUUCUGUGCUCAUAUGAUUUGCCAUUCUAUGUUCCUAUCUACGUGCGUGGUGUCUGCUUGCGCGUCGAUCUAUGUGUUUGGUACCUUAGCUUGUUCUACAUGUGUGUCCCUGCACAAUGGUUGAGCAUACUAUGCUCACAGAUUUGGACUUGUGUGGCUUUCCUCUGUAUUGACUGUGAGCUGAGGCAUUCAUGCUGCAUGUUCUCUAUUGUAAUAAGUGGAAUGCUUGUGUGCACAUUUGAUUUGUUAAUGUACUGU